GGAAUUGACGUGUCACACGUGUGUGUUGUGUUGCUUUGUGGAGCCACGGUGUAGCCUACAUGUAGCAUUGAGCAUUUUAACCGGUGUCUGCUUUAUUUCAAGUUAUUGUUGAUGGCUUAGAUAUUACCGUAACAUGGUUGUGAAGAAGAAAGCUCCUAAAGUCGAGGCAGUGGCCCUGGAUGGUGUCAAGCUGAAGAGCCUGAGAGAUGCCCUGUCUGUGGCAGGGGAUAUUGGAUCCACACAACUCGCUCAGGUGCUGAAGGACAGUUUAUCCUCCUCUGACCCUGUAGAGCAGAUCCAGUUAGUCUCUAAGGCUGGUUCUAUGUUGGAGCAGUUAAAAAAGGACGAGUCCCCUUUCGAUCCUUUACUGCAGGCCUGCCUGAACACACUAGCAUUCAUACACACCAACCUGCCAGCCAAGAACCCAUUGAAGAGAGCCGUAGCAAGUGCACUAAGUAGUGGCCCAGACUGGCUUCAGGAGCAGACGGUUGCAUGUCUGUCAGAGUGCCUGUCUUCAUCUCUCUCCUCUGGAAGCAUAGAUCAGUACUCUCACCUAACAGAUUGCAUCACUUCCUGUCUGGAUGGCUUCCCAAUUGGUGAGAAAUGCAUUCAUCGUUUGAUAACAGAAGUCCUCCAGUUUUUCCAGAGGGCCUUGAGUUAUUAUGUGGAGAAGAAUAGUGGUCUGGCUGGUCGUCACGUUGCUCAGGCUCAGUUGAUGCAUUCUUGUCUAGCGGUUGUGAAGACCUCAAUGCUGGUGGUCCAAAGAUCUCAAGAGCCCAUUAGUGCUGCACUACUUUCAACUUCAAGUCAAUGUGAUCUACAGCAAACGCUCAGUGGACUGCUGAACUGCUAUACAUGUAUCUUGACUGACGAGGAGUUUGUUCAGUCAGUCCAGAGCAUUGCUGGUAUGGCUGUUGUUUUGCUCAUCAGAUCUGUUAUGGGGAAUGGUGAUGAUGUGUCUGUCUUGGUUGCAGGUCUCCUGCAGUGUACAGUGGGGACAGGCAAUACUGCCCCUGAGUGGUUGAGCCAGAGCUGUGCAGGACUGUUUGAAAGCGGCAGGCCAGCAGCAGUAGCUCUGUAUCUGAGUCAUGGAGCUCUGGCUAUGCUCAGCUGGAAAGGAAGGACUCUCGGCCCACAGGCAGAGAAACUGCUACUGCUCAUACCUGAAGUGCUCCUGUCUUUAGAUAUAAGAGUGAAGGAGUCCAGCACGGUGAUGGUAGUAGCUCGAGUUUUGACUCUUUGGAGUGGCGCUGCGGUUGACUGCGUCCAGGUGGACACCUGCCCCACUCUCCUUCGCCUCUCUCUGGUUGGAGACUCUCCUCUAACCACACGCCUCCAUCACCACAUCUACACCUACUGGGAGCACCCGCUGGAUGGGGUCCGUCACCAAACACGCUCUCUUUUUCAAAACCUCCUUGUUCUCCACCAGCAUUGCAGUGAUUACAAGUCCAAUCCCAUCAGUGACCCUUACAUCACCCAGCUCACCCGGAACCUUCUAGCACUGGAGUGGCACAUGAAAGGGAAGUAUGGUACUUUAGCCUGUCUGGUGGAGCAUUUAGAAGCGGAGUAUCUUCUAAAGCUUGAUGCUGGUCUGCCAUCCAGACUGCUGGUUCUGAUGGGGGAUCAGACAGUAGCACCUUACGCCAGUGAUCUGCUGGAGAAGCUGUUUGUGAGUCACAAGGCUCAGCUGUGUGCCCGCUUUGGGGAUGGGCAUACCUGGUUGGAUGGGUGGCAUGAGACUUGGGUUUCUCCUCUGCUGCAGAUACUGUGCACAGCCCGACUGGAUCAAACCACAUAUAUACUAGACUACUUCCUACCAAAGCUGUUACGCUGCAACCCCUCCAGCCUUAGUCACAUGGUACAGGCACUGCAGGAGAUGCCAUCUUGCAAAGAGGGGUUAGCUGGUAGCAGAGGUGCACUGGGUGCUCUGAUGACGUGUCUGCGUGCUGCCAGAGCUCAGGGUGUUCUCAAGUCUAUAGAGGAGGAGUUGUGGGGCACCCUGGUACCCCUACCGCUUAUGCAACUGGCACUGGUGCACAAACAUGAUCAGGUGCGAAUGGAUGCUCUGGGUUUGGUAUGUGAGAGUCAUCGCAGCACAGAAACUCUCUCCAGACAGGAAAUGGAGCUGAUCCGCCACUUCCUGCCCUUUAAUCUGAAUACCCAAUCACCAGGAGUAAGGCAGCAGACGGUCAGUCUGUUAAAGAAGCUCUUGUGUAGGGUGAAGGAUAGUGCUCAGCUACUGCACAAAAGAAUGGAUCAUCAUCGGAACGACAACGAUCAACAAGUCCUCAACAUGUACCAGGAGUUCCUGUGCUGGUUCUGUGAGACCCUGUUCCAGGUGCUUCACCCAGGAGCCUCGUUCUCCAGGUGUCUGAUGGCUCUGCACCUGCUGGGGCUAAUCGCUGAACAUUUCACCUUCAACACUGGCUCUGUUGGUUUUACUCUUGGUGAGUCAGUGAGUGAAUCUCAUGCUCAAGCUGUGCUGUGCUGUCUCGCGAGCAACUUUCUAGAGGUGAAAGAGCUUGCCUGCAACCUCUUACAAAAACUGCCCCCCACAGCAGUGCGACUCCAGGAGCCGGAGAGACUGCAGAAUUUGCUGCAGGUGGCUCUGGAUCUCAGCACCAGCACUAAACCCUUUGACAGCGUAACUGCUGCUCACCUUCUCAACCUGCUGCUCCAUCAGCAGGGCCUCCAGGACGCUUUACACAGCUGUAUGCAGAAGCAAGAAGCCCUGCUCCAGCCACCAGCACUGAUCCAGUCAGAGACAUCUGAAGCUUCUAUACUGGAGCAGAACACACUUGCAGUGGUGCAUUGGCUGAUGGUUUGUCUGAAGGAAGAGAUUCGGAAGGCUGAGUCGUCUCUUCUGCGGGCCGCUGCCUCCUGUCCUUUAUAUGGCAGAGCUCACUGUAUCACUGCAGUCCUGCAACAGCUCAACACUGGAUCACUGGUGCUGCUGUCUCAGUGGAGGGUUGUCGUGUCAGAGCUCAUAGCUCUGUGCUACAUGAUGUCUGAUGUCGUGUCGCCUGUGGUUCAGAGCUCUUCCCCUGAGGGCCUCAUUCCCAUGGAUACAGAGUCUGAGACCUCUGCUGGCCUGCAGAGAAUCCUGCAGGAGAUCCAGCCUCAUGACACCAAUGACUUUUUCACCAGUGCCAGAGAGCUUGACUCCAAUGAGAGCAAGCAGAAGGAGGAUAAACAAAAAUCCAGCAACAAUGGUAGUGGUAAUGAAGAAGCAUUUCGAGUCACAGCUCAGAUGGUGUUGGUGUGUUGCUGGAGGUCCAUGAAAGAGGUGUCCAUGUUACUUGGUCAUGUGUGUCAGAUCAUGCCUCUGAGCUCUCCUCAUACACACACUGACAACCGAGGAGUCAUCACAGAGGAGCAGGUGAAGGCUGUAGGGAAGUAUUUUCGGGAGCAGUUACUGCAGUCUCGUCACAGGGGGGCAUUUGAACUGGCAUACGUGGGCUUUGUUCGGCUCACUGAGAUGCUCUGCAGGAGUGGAAGUGCUAUGCUCCAGCAGCUCCCAGCACACUGGCUGAAGGAAGUUCUCGAGGAGGUGAAGUGCAGCGACCCCUCCUCUAAACUCUGUGCGACCCGCCGCAGUGCAGGAAUACCUUUCUAUAUCCAGGCCCUGCUGUCAUCUGAACCCAAGUCCUCCAGCUGUAGACUUCUGAAGAUGACUAUGAGAUCUCUGACAACAUUGGCCAUGCCCUCUGAUGAUGGAGCUACUGAUAGCAGCACAGUGCCUCAGGUCCACGCUCUGAAUAUCCUGCGGGCUCUGUAUCGAGAUACACGUCUGGGAGAGAACAUUGUGCCUUUUGUGUCAGAGGGCAUGCAAGCUGCAAUUCUGGGGUUCACCUCUCCUGUGUGGGCUGUAAGGAACUCCUCGACUCUUUUGUUCAGCACUCUCAUUACAAGGAUAUUCGGGGUAAAGAAAGGAAAGGAUGAACACUCCAAAAAGAACAGGAUGACAGGCAGAGAGUUUUUUACUCGUUUUCCCACCCUCUAUCCUUUCCUCCUCAGUCAACUACAGGAAGCUGCAGCUUCAGUCAACAGUGAUUCAGGGCAGGUCAAACUGCACCCCAGUCUUUUCUUGUUGUUGUUGGUUUUGGGACGUCUCUACCCAUCGCCUAUGGAUGGUUCAUCCUCCCCUCUGGGUUUAGCUCCCUUCAUGCCCUUAAUCAUCAGGUGUGGUCGAUCUGCUGUAUACCGUACUCGUGAAAUGGCCGCGAGAGCCCUGGUUCCAUUUGUUCUGGUGACUCAAGUUCCCUCCACCAUCCAGACUCUACUGGAGGAGCUGCCUCAAGAACCUGGACCAGGAAUCCAACAGAACCACAUCCAUGGAACAUUGCUGCAGGUGCUAUCGCUGCUACGUUCCUACCUGACAGACACACACAGACCCCAGUCUGGAAGUGAGGAGGACUGUGACAUCUCUCAUGCCCUGUUUCCACGGCUGUGGCUUGCCACAAGACGGAAUCCAUGUUUGGUGACACGUGGUGCAUUUCUAGACCUGCUGGGCUGUCUUUGUGGUAAUCUUUCUGUUCCUGUCUCAGAUUCUCAGCUGAAGAAACUACGUGUUGAAACUCUGCACAUUCUGAUGGUCUCAGAACUUGUGGCUACCGAAGGACCACGUGAGAUAAAUGUAUCAGUUCCUGGCGUUACACAGUACCUGCAGAGUCUGGCUCAUAUAGCCAUCAGCAUCUGUGUGGAAUCGCCUCAUCUGUGGGAGUGUCCUGAUUCUGACGGGUUACAGAGAGAUCUCCUGACAUGUAUGCUGCAGUCCCAGCACUAUGAGGUUCGACUGUUUGCACUGGAUCGGCUCCUCAAGAGACUUCAGAGGACACAGGAAGAGUCUCAACAUGGGGGUCAGGGCCUCUUGCUCUUUAACCUUGGUGUGUCCAGCCUAACCCACAUGGCCCUGCAUGAGACAUACCCUGGGUGUCAAGCCAAGGUUUUACAGGUUCUUGCUGCCCUCCCUCUGUCCUCUCUCCUGCCCUGGAGAGAUGGGACAAUGUCUCUGAGCUGUCAGGAGGUUCUUGAGCAUCUCAUCACACUGACUGAGACCUCUAAACACAGUGUGGAGCUGUACUGUGCAGCUCUCUCUCUAACGUCCCAACUGGUGGUGCACCUGGCUGAAUCAACGCUGCAGCUCAGUGAGGAUGCAGUAGCCUGCUUAAGUCAAUGGGGGGCGUUGGUCAUGCAGGGCUGUGGUGAGGAGCAACCUGUAGAGGUCAAACUGAUGUCAGCAGAGGUGCUGGUGAAGGCCACCCCCACCUUACUGACAGCACCAGCACUGCCUCUGGGUAUCACACACACUGUGGCAUUAUGGAGGAGUCUCUUUAUAUUAUUACAGGAUGAAGAUCAGGACGUGAGGGACAGAGCUGCUGAUUUCACCUGCUAUAUCCCAGCCCACUUACUCAACAAAGGUGUUGCUUUGGGUGCAGUCUCUCCUCCUGUUGCCCUGGAGAUGGGGGUGGGUGUUCUGUGCCAGCUGUUCCAGAUGUGGGACCAGGUGUCUGCUGGCAUUGUAAACUUGAUAGAAUGGCUCCUGGGAGAUGAACAGUUGGAAACAAUUUCUGAGGAGUCACCUGAACUGGAUGAAGAGUUCCUUUUUGAGAAGGGAGAUCUCAACCUGUGGGCAGAGCAUAUGGUAUGGGCACGAAUGUUGCAUGGACACCUUUCUGCCCUCUUAAGUGUGCCACUCUCCCCUGGCGUGAGCCCUGCAGAGCUGGACAGAUUAGCAGCCAUUGCAAACCACAAUGCCCUGGCUGUUCAACAAGCAAUGAAAACCCUCCCUACACUGCCCCAGUUUUCAGCCACUAUUGAGUAUGCCAAGAUAGUGUUGCUACAAGAGAGAACCUCACUCACUCAGAAUGUUCAAAAAACACUGAGACAAGCUGACACGUCUCAGAUGAAUUUGUAAAAUACAGCUAUUAGUAGUAUAUUAUGAACCUAUUUUAAUCUCAUAGUGGAUUUCCUGUUUAAGAGAAGUGUGCACUGGCAUGACAUUGACGGCAAACUUUUUUAAAUGAAAUAAAGUGGUUUAAUUACAAUCAAUUGACUGUUUGCUUACUACAAUUGUGUGUAUGUUUGUGGGUAUACUUACAAGUAUUUAUUCUUUUGGAUACAUUUGUAACUUGAAGUUGGUCAAAUCUGACAAAAAAUAUGAAUCUAAACCCUCAAGAAGUUGGUUGAGAAAAUGUCAAGUGUACACGUCUGCAAAUUCUAGGUAAAGGGUGACUACUUUGAAGAUGCUAAAAUAUAACACAGUUUUGUUUUAGUUUUGUUUUUUUUUUUGGUGCCAGGCUGGCAGGUUUGAGUAUUUCUGUAGCUGCUGAUCUCCUAGGAUUUUAAAACACAACAGUCUCUAGAAUUUACUCCGAAUGGUCCCAAAAACAAAAAACAUUCAGUGAGCAGCAGUUCUGCAGAUAGAAAUGCCUUGUUACUGAGAGGUUAAUAGAGAAUGGCCAGACUGGUUCGAACUGACAAAGUCUACAGUAACUCAGAUAACCGCUCUGUACAAUUGUGGUGAGACGAAUAUGAUCUCAGAAUCCUAUUCUUAGAUGCGGGUUUUGGCCCAGAAAAGGGACCAACACAAUAUUAGACAGGUGGUUUUAAUGUUGUGGCUGAUCGGUGUAUACAGCUAUAUUUCAGUAAGACAUAGUAUAUGGGGGAUUAUUGGCUGUUUAUGAUUGAGGGCCAAACUAAUCUAAAUGAAAUAAUUAUAUAUUACUUUGAAAAAGGGCUUGGAAAAGUAACUUAUUAAUUUCUUUAUUUAAUAGUUGAAUAUGUAGUGCGUAAAAAAAAAAAAAAAAAAAAAAGAUUAAUGCAAUUAAAACCGUGUGAGAGAAACCCAGCAUGACGGACAGAACAGCUGCCAGAGAAAAUAAUAGUUUUGAGAUUUCAGCAUUCUUCAGCAUUUAAUUUGUUUUAUAUCCGUAUGUGAAGUAUCUAAUAAUCUAUUGUCAAUAAGUCUUACUAAUAAAGCUUGAAUCUGCCCAUUCAGUGAAAAAAAAAAAUAUAUACUGGAAAGUGGCAGAUUUUGCCCAACUUUUAAUUACAGCAUGUCCACCGAUUUUUUUUAAUAAAUUUGUUAUGUAUAAUAUUAUGUGUUUAUAAUCAGCUUUUUAUACUAAAAACAAUAGAAGUCUAUGGGAUGUCCAAAUUUAAAUUGCGAAGUAAACGUUUUGUGUUUGUGGGGUUUAACUUGGUGUGUGUGUGAGAGAGAGAGAGAGAGAGAGAGAGAGAGAGAGAGAGACGAAAGGAGAGAGCAAGACACCAGCCAUUGUCUUUCAUGAAGUUGAGAAGUGUUAUCCCAACUGUAAUCUGUCGAGCCAUUCAUCCGCGCUUUCCUCACAAGAAAUAGUGAACGACACUGUUCCCUUUCAAGCAGCAUUUAACCAUAGGCAACACUGAAAAUCUGACACUUUAUGAUUAUUUUUCUCGGCUGUAUCCAUUUUCACACGUUGUGUGCGCUAUUUGAGCUUUUAAAGCGCAUGUGAGCUAUGUAGUAUAACGCUCCUCCUGCAUACACUACGCAAUCACAACACAACAGUCUGGUUUCCGGAACAGACAGCUGUGCUGCCUUCAGGGGUUGUAAUGUUCCCCGUGUAAUGUAAAAUGACUUCAUGUUUUGGAAUGUCAGCAGCCCAUUCCUGUAACACACACACACACACACAAAGAGAGAGAGAUUGGGUAAAAUAACAUAUGUACAGUGUUGUUCUCCGGUUUUAGGGUUUGUUUUUCUAUUUAAUGCAUAUAUUUACUUUACGGAAAACUUGGAGUCGACUCAUUCAUUUUUUUGUAAUGCAAGAGGGCCGCUUGAGAUAUCUAUGGAAAACGACAGGAAAAACACACAGGGCACUGUGAAGUUAAUUUACAUGUGUUCUAGUUAUGCCACUAGGUGUCGUCUGAUCCUUUCUUUUCGACCAUAUGUGCUGAGAACGUUAGGGGGCAGUACUGUAUCGCUUUGGCUACUUUUGAAACUGACUGGUAUCUUGGAUAUGCAUUUUGAGUUCUCGGUUAAGGCUACAAAUAAAAAAAAAUAUGGAUAUUAAAAAAUAGGUUAAUACAUUUCAGCUCUACAAUGUAUUAAUUAACUCUUAAUAAUAGUACAAAAAAAUGUAUAAGCAGUGGAGCUUUCUUACAUGCUCAAAAGUCAAAUCAGCUUUGCAAAGCGUCUUGGUUUCUCACUCCAUGCAUCAGAUUUGGCACAACUUCAAAGUUUGCUAUUGGCCUAUAUUUUGCAAUCGCACUAAACAUUUCCUCAUCAGAGUGACCAGUCUCAAACACUGUGUGCGUGCCUUAAUCUUGUGCACAGUUGUAACCAAUCUACAUAGUGUUGCAAUAUAUGUAUUAUUAAUCCCACUGAAACCAAGUAAUUAGUUUGUCCACUGUAGUAGGCCAGAAUUGUGUGUUAAUAUUUCUGAGAUCAUGUGUCACUGUUUGUUUCAGUGUUUCAUAAAUAGGACGUCAUAUGUUUUUCUGAAGAUUUUUUGGGGGGUGUGGCCAAUCAUGACUGUAUGUCAGUCACAUAUAAUGUAUUA